AUGGUUCGUUUCGCUGCUGCUUUCGUUGCAGCCUUGACUGCUUCCGUUGCUGCCGCUGCUAGCAGCACCACUUGUGGCAGUGGCACCAAGUGCCCGUCCGACAAGCCGUGCUGUUCUCAGUACGGAGAAUGCGGUACUGGCGCUUACUGCCUGGGAGGCUGCGACCCGAUCAACUCUAACAGCUUGGACGCAUGCACCCCGGAGCCUGUCUGCGAGAGCAAGACCUUCAACGAUUGGUCCAACCUGGCCGGCGUUGAAUCGAAUGAUAAAUAUCUGGGAAACGCCACCGAGUCUGACUGGGUUUCGAGCGGAAAGCCACUCGUCCACAACGGGGAGCUGCUCUUGACCAUGGCCAAGGGCUCCGUCGGAACGCUCCUUGCCUACAACCACUACAUCUGGUACGGAAAGGUCUCGGCCAAGUUGAAGACCUCCCGCACCGCUGGUGUCGUCACUGCCUUUAUUCUUCUGUCUGAUGUCAAGGAUGAAAUCGAUUACGAGUUCGUCGGUACCGAGCUGACCACCGCCCAAACCAACUUCUAUUUCCAGGGUAUUCUUGAUUGGGAAAACAGUGUCAACGCGACGACCACCGACACGUUCGAAAACUACCACACCUAUGAAAUUGACUGGACCCCUGAUGACAUCACCUGGUCUCUUGACGGUAAAUCCGUGCGUGUCUUGAAAAAGGCCGACACCUACAAUGAAACAACCCAGCAAUACAAGUUCCCCCAGACCCCAUCUCGCCUCCAAUUGUCUCUCUGGCCCGCUGGUCUCUCGACCAACGCUCCAGGUACCAUUGCAUGGGCUGGUGGUGAAAUCAGCUGGGACACCGCGGACAUCAAGGACCCUGGUUACUACUAUGCUACCUUCGCCGAGGUCAGCGUCACCUGCUACGAUCCUCCUUCCGGCGCCAACAUCAAAGGUGACCAGGCCUACAUCUACACCGAUGAUGCUGGCACCAACAACACCGUUGAGAUUGUCAACGCUAACACUGUUCUCGGUUCUUUCGAGGCCACUGGGUUGAACAUGACUCUCGGUGCCACCACAUCCACUUCUAGCAGCACUAGCACUGGCACUGGCACUGGCACUGGCACUGGCACUAGUACCGCUACAUCUGCUUCUACCAGCGUUGCCGACAGUGUUCCUGGCAGCAGCAGCGGCGGAAGCGGUGGCCAGAGCUCCAGCGGUGGCUCCUCCGACUCUGGUUCUGACAGCUCUGACGGCUCUAGCACUUCGUCUGGUUCUUCGCCCGCUUCUACCGGCUUUAGCCAGGGCGGUGACUCCCCUAAGACUGGGGCCGCUUCCGCCAACGAGCACAUGCUUCAGGGCUCGAUGUUUGCCGUUUUGGUUGCCGUCGUGGCUCUGAUCGCCAUGUAA